AUGAGUAGAAGCGAUCCUCUUCUAGAUAACCUCAAUGCUUUCAAAAACAAAGUCAAAACUAGCCCUAUACCUCCAGUAGUCGAAAAGACGCAAGAAAAUGACAGUAAGAAACGGGCUCUGAAGUCAGAGGAGAGUUCAAAUCUUGCGAAGAAGCCUAAAAAACCCGAACUAGGGUCAUCGUCCACCGGAAGUGUGUCCGGAGUAGCAGCAGCAGCCGCAGCCGCUGCCGUAUCUUCAGAGCAGAGUCUGAGUGGAACUCACCUUUCCACGAAAUUGUUGCUGGCAACAGAAUAUAUUCAGGAACGGGGCGAGGCCGUGCCGAUCGAACAGAUUGAAUCAUACUUGUCGCUGUCGUCCGAAAAUAACGUCAUCCCUCUGCUCAAAAAUAUCAAUAAAAUCAAGUUCGACGCUAAACACAAUACGCUACAGUACGUCUCGAUCUACGACGUGCACUCUGCCGAGGAACUGCUGCAACUGCUGCGUGCUCAGGUCACUUUCAAAGGGAUCUCUUGCAAGGAGCUCAAAGACGGGUGGCCACAGUGCACAGAGGUGAUCGACGAACUGGAAAACAAGAAUAGAGUGCUGGUGCUACGCACCAAGAAAGACAAUCAGCCCAGGUUCGUAUGGUAUAACUUUGGAGGAGCGCUGGGAGGAGUCGACGACGACUUCGUCAAGAUGUGGGAAAACUGCAAGUUGCCACAACGUGGCGAGUUGCCCCGCAAAUUGCAAGAUCUGGGUCUCAAGCCUGCGAGUGUGGAUCCAGCUACAUUGAAGAGACAAUCCACGCGCGUGGAGGUCAAAAAGCGCAAACAGCGCAGGGGGAAAAUCACCAAUACUCACAUGGCUGGUAUUCUCAGGGACUACUCGGAACGUGCUUAG